UUGCAGGGCAGCGAUUCCCCCCCCCCCAAGCCCGGGCUCGCUCCUUGCAUUCCCAUCCAGCUCCACAUCUUUGCUCGAGCCGGAGUGGAAGAACACAUACACCAAAAAAAAAAAAAAAAAAAAAAAGCCAAAAAGCCACACUUAGCGGAAACUUGUCAGAGAAUGCUCCUAAAGUCUGGUUUGCUGCUGCUGCUGGUGAUCAGUGCGUCCGCGUCCUACGAAGCUGAACAGAAUGACUCUGUGAGCCCCAGGAAGCCCAGGGUUGCAGCCCAGAACUCAGCCGAGGUGGUUCGCUGCCUGAACAGUGCCCUCCAGGUGGGCUGUGGGGCUUUUGCCUGUCUGGAGAACUCCACGUGUGACACGGAUGGAAUGUACGACAUCUGCAAGUCCUUCCUCUACAGCGCUGCUAAAUUUGACACUCAGGGAAAAGCUUUUGUGAAAGAAAGCUUGAAAUGCAUCGCCAAUGGAGUCACAUCCAAGGUGUUCCUCGCCAUCCGGAGGUGCUCCACGUUCCAAAGAAUGAUCUCCGAAGUGCAGGAGGAGUGCUACAGCAAGCUGGACAUGUGUGGCAUUGCAAAGCGGAAUCCUGAAGCCAUCACAGAGGUCGUGCAGCUCCCAAAUCAGUUCUCAAACCGGUAUUACAACAAGCUGGUGAGAAGCUUACUGGAGUGUGACGAAGAGACUGUGAGCACCAUCAAGGACAGCUUGAUGGAGAAGAUCGGGCCCAACAUGGCGAGCCUCUUCCACCUGCUGCAAACAGACCACUGCGCCCAGGGCCACCCGCGCACGGACUUCGCCAGGAGACGCAUCACGGAGCCGCAGAAGCUCAAACUCUACUUCAGGAACCUCCGAGCCUCCGCCAACAGGACCAGGGCCGGUCCCACGGCCGCGGAUGGGGGCCUUCCCCCGACGCCGCUCUCUGCACAGUAGCCCUUUGUGGCACGCGAUCGGCACGGCCAGCUCCAAAAUCUGUCCCGCUGGAGCCUGUCUGCGGCGUGGAUGACUCUUGCUCAACUAGUUAGAGAGCUAAUAAAGGAGGUAUCUAUUUUUUUUCUUUUCGAAAUCUAAAGCAAUAUAACUCUUUUUUUUUUUCUUUUCCUCUUUUUUUCUUUCUUUCCUUUUUUUUUCUUUUUUUUUUUUUUUUAACCACAAAGCCUUUAAACAAUAACUUGCUGCUAAUAUAUUGAAACCAGAUGCAGUGGCAGCAUUUCUCAUACUGCUGUCUUCAUUAAAUGUAGCCCAAAAGUGCUGUCGUGAAAUUGUAAGCAGCAAAAAAUGUUGCUGACGGUAGAGGGUUGGGGUUUUCGUUUUGUUUUGUUUUUGAGUACUCAGAAUCGUGCAGUCCAGGACAAACAAGAUGCAAUAUUGCUCGUUCUUAAAGUCAGGUGUAUAUAGAGUCCGACACCAUAAAGUUUUGCAAGGUGAAAACCAAAGUUCCUUUGAACACCGUGACCCUAAAAGUUUGGCUCUUGCUGAAGAUCUAGCCCUGGGGCUGUGCGCUGUGCAGCGUUACACCACAACUGGGAGAUCUGCUGGGGUUGUGCAUUGAGUGCGUGUAUUUUGGGGGGGCAGUGGCUCCAAAAAGAUGUCACUUGGUUGGAGUGUCCCAGCAGGAUGGCUCUGGGCAAUAGAAAGCAGCUCCCAGCUGACUUCCCCAUGGGCUGAUGCCAGUAGAGCUCAAUGAGCUCGUCUAGAUGCUCUGGUGGCAAUUGGUUUCUCUGCUGCUUUGUGCAGCACUUCUAUGAAAACCCAAAGCUUUAUGAAGUUGAUUUAAGGUUGGGAGUCCAAACCCAAACUUUUUGGGUUCUCCUCACUUAUCUUUUUUUUUUCAGUGGGAACCCAAGGCUUGUUUGGCUUUGUCACGAGGUCACGGGCAUGGGUUGGUGGUUGGACCAGAUGCUCUUAGUGGUCUUCCAACAUCAAUGAUUCAGUGAGGAAGCUGCAAGCACAGAAAAAAUCCAAAGACUUGGGGUUCACCUUGCCAAACUUUUAGCCUAAGCUGGUCACUUAAACUCUCCCUUAUCAGCAGAGGGGGACAUGGUGGCGUUUCCCAUCGACUGGGAACGGUGCCCCAUGGGUAUGGUCUGAAUUAGGUGAGAGAAAUCCCCCUGGAGAUGGGGAAUGAUUCUCAACAGUAAGUCCAGCUAUUUCACACUUUAUUUAAUCUCUGAUGCUUUAUUUUUUUAAUCUUGCGUUCACUGCAGAAAUGAUUUCUCUCGGAGGCGGGGAGGGGCUUAUCUAGAAAUGUUUGCAUGAUUCUCAUUGUGAUUUGUUUGCACUUUAGAUGUUUUGUGCCAUUAUAAAUUUGCAUUAUGUAUUUAUAAUUUAAAGAUACUUAGAAGGGGGAGAGAGUUUUGGUUUUUUGUUUUUGUUUUUUUGCUGAGUACUGGAAUAAACAGUGAGCAUAUCUGGUAUAUGUCAUUAUUUAUUGUUUAAAUUACAUUUUUAAAGCUCAGUGUGUUCAUAUAAAGGUUAUUUGAAACAUAUCAUAGUAAUGAGAAAGAUGCAAGUUAUUUUCUUUGCUUAUUUUUAUAAUUGAAGAUGCAUAACAUAA